AUGUCCUCCCGUCGCCCGCCCGCGCCAGCGGUCAUCGAGAAGAGGGUGCCCAUGGACGUCAUCAUGCGGGAUUUGAGCGUGACCGAGCUGUUCGUGCAGGACAAGAUGGCGCGCGUCGCCACGCAUGCCCUGUUCCGCGCCCUCGUGACGCAGAUGCAGAGCGUGGUGCCGGACAUCUUGCCCAGGUCGUCGCUGCCAGACACGGUGCGCAUCGAGCGGUCCACCGACCCCGACGAGUCCCAUGUGCUCUUGGAUGGCGGCAUUCUUGUCCGCGCCAACACGCGCACUAGUUCCGUGGUCGAGGUGUUCCCUCGGGGGUGGUCCCCGGCAUCCGUAUUCAUUUCCAGCCACGUCAUCGACCGUGGCAGCACCGGGUCGGCCCUGCUUUGGUUCUGCCAGCAUUCCCGCCUUCUCUGGACUUGCGCCUGGGGGCCCUUCCAUGACAUGUGGAAUAGCAUCAAGAACGCAGCGAAGAAGACGGGCAAGGGCAAGUGGUGGAAGUUGAUCGUCCGUUUCAGCUCCAUUUGCAACCUCAAUCAUGGGCCCUUCCGCAGCGGCGCCUGGGGGAAAGGCAGGCAGACCGCCCUGACAGCGUAUUGCGAGGCGCACGCAGCCGCGUCCUUGGCUUUCCGGGAGGCAGCUUCCAGACAAGCAGCUAUGGACGGUGCGACGGUCGCCUCGGACUCCGACUACGAACGUUGGUGGAAUUUUGUGGGAAGGUUGCCCUCGUGUAUCGAGGCAGGGCCAGUGUGCAAGUUUGCUCGCUGGAUGAGUAUCGAGCAGUGCUGGGAGUAUUAUCGCAAGGAGAUAUGGCUGCUCAAGGAGGUUCUUGUGGAGAUGGACCAGUCGGCCAUGCAGCGGGCUGUGGAGGCCAAUGCGACAGCAAUGCUCGAUGCAGAGUUGGCGGGGCGCAUGACGACGUCUCGCUCCGGCCUGAUCGCAAGGGCUCCCACCUACAUCACCCAAGAGCUGCGCGACGUCAUGGAUAUGUUCAACAUCGCCACUGGGCCCGCCAGGGCAGAGUACAAGUUCCGCGCGGAGGACGUGAAGACACCCCAGGAUGGACUCGCAGAUUCGAUGGGCCUGUUCUUCGGCGGGUGGGAGUUGGAGCUCCUCAAAAUCAUUCGCGCGAGUCUGCAGAGCCCGCGGCACCUGGAUCGAUUAUUCGCCGACGGUGACACGCCCCGUGCCAAUCAGAAUUACGUGGACAUGUGGGACUUCACGUUGAAUCUGCUCUCGGAGAGGGCCGUGAGGAUCAUGCCUGCCGUUUUGGAUUAUCCGCACUGCGCUGUCGCCCUCCUUGCAGAGCGAGAACAGGAGCGAGUGGAGGCGCGCGAGCGGGCGGUCAGAGAUUUUUGGCUACUGGUGGAUGCAGAGAAGCAGUCUUUGACGUCUCCGCGCGCUUGGGAGUUCAUCUUGCAGGACAUUGUGUGGAAGGACAACAUGGUCAUCCGGCUCUUGCUCCACACAGUCUACCAGGAGUGGGUCAACACGGAGGCUGGCCUCUUCGACGUGGGACCACAUACGCAGCACGUGGCGCGGGCGAUGCGCGUCCAUCUGCCAGACGAGAAGCCGCCCGAGGACGUCCACCAACACAUCAGAGACAGGCAGAGGGCCAAGCGCCACACGGUGAUCCCAGUCGCCAGCAUCUUCGACGCCCAGCUCGGCAGCGGAGUGCUGGAGGCGCGCGUGCCCAAUACUGUGUCUGUGUCGGAAGAGGCCGUUGCCGGGUCUGCGUGGCGAAGCAUCUCGGAACGAGCAAAGUCGAAGCAGUCCUACGCGGCGCGACCCAAGGAUUGGCCAGUGGCUUUCAACCAGAUCUUGAACACUAGGCGGGAUUGGCCAUCCCCUGGAGUGGAUGGCAUCAUGAAUGCAUACAUUACCUUCCAGUGGUUGGUGAAUCGGGGCGGCUACCAGCCCCCGCUCCCUGCGCCGACUGCGUCGUGGUGGAGUCGCCUCAUCCCGAAGCAUGCCUUGGUGUUCGACGACGGCCCCGAGGCCUGCCACCUAGUAUGUCUGCGCGCUGGGAACUGGGGUUUCCUAGCCGCGCGGAUGGUGCCAGUGGACGGUGAGCACGUUCGUCUGGAGGCGUCUGCUGGCUCUAUUUCCGUUAGCCACCUGCUCGGGCCUGUCGAGGUGACCACAGAUGUACACCCCGUGUGGUUGCCAGGCGUAGGGGUCGUCCUCCGCCUCGGGGGGAACUGGCAGUCCGCGGUGCACGUCGCGCUGCGGAGUGGCCGGCGCCUGAGCAACUGGGAGUUAAUUUUCCCGCGUUGCUUGCGCUGGAGGCGCCCUCGGCUCCCCUUGCUGUCCUUGGAGCUCUCAGCGCGCUGCAGCUCGUGGAGAGGCUGGCCACCGCGAUCUUCCCAGACGACCGGGGGGCGGUGGUGGGGAUCGUGGAGAGGUACCGCGCGGAGAGAGGGCCAGAGGGUGACGAGGACAUCGUCGAUGAGGAGACGGCCGAACUGA